AUGGCCACGAUGACAGACCACCUGAAGAAGAUCUCCCUCGAUGCGGAGGCCGUUGUUUCAGCGACUCUUGCACUGUCAAGAAGGGGCAGGGAAGGUGAUGGGACGGCGGUUACGUCGGAACCAACCAGGGCGAUCACCCACAAGGAUCAGGAUCUUGUCCGAGAACUUGCAGCAGCUCAGGCGAUUAUUCGUGAUCAUGAAGCUAAGGUCGGUGAAUGGAAGAAGAAAGUCGAGGACGCAGAAGAGGCACAGAAGGUGGCCGGCAUUUCCUUCCAGAAGAUGCGCAAAGACUCGGAGAUCUUUCAGAUUCAGUACAAGAAGAUGGAAGCCGAUCUUGAGGUGAUGAAGGCAGAGAAGUUGGCAGCAGAGCAGAAAGCAGAAGAUGCUGAGAAGGGGCACGGGCUUCGGGAGCAAGUUGACUCACUGAGGGCAGAAUUGAAAGUAGCCAAGGAGCAGCUGAAGGAAGUGGUCCCUGCCAGCCAACAUGACAUUGUGGUGGGCGAAUUGAAGCAAGUGAAGGAAAAGCUGACGGAAACCGAGAACGAGUUAACACAGGCCAAGCAAAAAGUUAAUGCGCUUACAGCUGAGAAGGAAGAUCUGGAUAGGAAAUUUGGCUUGGUCAGAGAAACAGGGAAAAAGCUUGAAGAACAGAAUAAGAAGCGAAAAGAACAAAAUCAAGCCCUUUUGAAGGAGAAGGACAACCUGCAACAGGAGUUGAAUGUCCUGAAAGCUCGUCCAGACUCAGCUGUGAGGGUUGAGGGAGGUGCAGAAGCUUCUUCUAGUGAAGUCGAAUCCCUCAAGGCUCAAAUCUCUCAGUUGCAAGCUGAGCUUCAACAAGAGCAGUCCAAGCAACCUGGUACUGCAGAACCAUCGAGUAUUGAGAUCGAAAAGAUCAAGGAGACUUUUAAGCAAGAUGAAAAGCGACUUCAAGAGGAAAUUCAAAGUUUAAAGCAGAAGCUUGAAGACGAGAAGCAGAAUUACAACAAGGCGAAGAAUCUUGCGCAUACCUUGACACAAAAAUUGAAGAAAUUUCAAACUCCUGCGGCAAAACCAGAUCAAGAGAAAAAAGCAGAAUUGGUCACUGAAGUUGUUGCUGCCCAACCUCCGGCAGUGAAUGCCGCAAAGACUACCAUUGUUGGAACUGUGAAGGUUGGUACUGCUGCUGCUCCAGUGACGAAACCAACUCCACAGGGAGCACAGAUUGCAAAAAUUCUCGGAAUGGGCAACAAACAACCUGGACCAGGAGGGCAGGCCGGAAAGCAAGCUCCAGCUGGACAGGCGAAGGUGGGAGCGAUUUCGAAGGUCAACGAUGAUUCUGCUUGCCAGAACAAUCAGAUGCAGGGACAGAAGAAGGCCCCCGGUCAACACGCAGCUGUAAAUUCUUUCUCGUUCCCUGCUAUGAGGGACUUGAUUGUUCCAUACUGCCAGGCUGGUCAAACUCCGAAGCAGUCACCAGCAGCUCAACAGGCCGGCGGCAGCCCAGGGAAAGUUCAGCUGAACAAGGCUCCACCUGCUGCCACUGCUGCCAAGACGGCGAGCCCGCCCCAGCCUACAGAUGCUCAGCCGCCCACUGCUGCCACUGGAGCAGCGAAGCCGCAGGCGGGAGGGGCACACGUGGCCUCGAGCGCGGAGAACCUUCUCCGUCAGAAGCUCCUGCAAGCACAGCAGCAGAAGAAGAAUGCCGCCGCUGCUACCGAAGCCAAACAAGAUGCUGCCCCAGACGCAGCUGAAGCAACGGCUGGAAAGAGGCUGCGUUCGACCGUCGAGGAGUCGGAGGCGAAAAGCGGAAACGAGGGCGACACAGGCUCUGCUGGAGAUACUCCGGGCGAGCAAGACGAGAGCAAGAGAGCGCGAAGGAUCAUUUCAUUGAAGAAGAAAUGA